CCCAGUCUCUGUUGCUCACCCAGUCACCGGUUCCGCAUUUGUCCAUUGGCCCGCCGGCGGAACCCGCCUUUGUAACAAGCCCAGUGUGUCCGUCUGGUCGUGCGUCAUCUUGCCUGGCUAGCAUUUUGCAGUCAAGCAAGCCCCCGGUCUGCCGUCGCGAAGAUCCUUUACAGUAGUAGCAAAAAGUCGUGGCCGCCAAUAACUCCAACCUCGUCCGUUGUUUCCGCUUUGUUCGUUGUCGCAGCCCGCCCCGUACAGAGACUCCGCCGCCCAACCGACGACGAUGCUCGCCGCCGCCAUGUCACACAGCCUGUCGCUGACGCCUCACGAGGCCCUCUCGGGUGUCUUCGGCUCAAUCUCGCUGGCCUCGUGGAUCUUUCUCCUGGUCCCCCAGCUGCUCGAAAACUACAAGUCGGGCUCUGCAGAUGGCAUCUCGCUCGCCUUCCUCAUCGUCUGGUUCAUUGGCGAUGUGACCAACCUCGCGGGUGCCCUAUGGGCCGGUCUCGUCCCCACCGUCAUCGCCCUCGCAGUAUACUUCUGCUUCGCCGACCUGGUCCUCAUCUCCCAAUGCCUCUACUACAACAUGAAGAACUCGCGUCGCGAGCGCAAGUCGUCGACCCGCUCCACCGAUAGCGUCCAGGCGCCUCUGCUCGGCCGCCGCGACAGCAGCAACAUUGGCCUCCCAGGUAGCCACAGGCGCGACUCGGCCGCCAGUCGCAGACGCCGCGCCAGCUCCCUGCCCACCAUCCCCGACGUCACGAACACCUCGUCGAGCGAAUGGCUCAAGAACGCCCUGAGCAUCUUUGGAGUUUGUGCGGUUGGUGCCGCGGGCUGGGCCAUUGCCUGGCAGAUUGGCCUCUGGGUGCCCCAGCCCAUACACGACGAUGCAGGCAACGCCUCUGAUAGUCCUCUCGGCGCUCAAAUCCUCGGCUAUGCCAGCGCAGUCUGCUACCUUGGCGCCCGUAUCCCCCAGAUCAUCAAGAACCAGCGUGAAAAGUCGUGCGAGGGUCUGUCGCUGCUCUUCUUCAUGUUAAGCUUGCUAGGCAAUGCUACCUAUGGUGCAGGAAUCAUCUUCCACUCCCAGGAAAAACAAUACAUCCUCACCAACCUCCCCUGGCUCAUCGGCUCCCUCGGCACAAUGGUUGAAGAUGUAACCAUCUUCAUCCAAUUCCGUGUCUUCGGGACCGGUGAAUCCUCCUCUGCCCUUGAUGCCUAGACUGCUCUCCAGAUUUACCACCAGCCAUCUCUCUCUUUUCCAUUUUCAUCAUUUGCUCAUUGCAUAAAAAAAGUUCCUCGUAUGCUUCCCAUGCUUUCAGUAGCAACCAUAGUCGUUUUGUGUCUCUUGCAAGAUACCCGAUUGAGAUGAACGCAACAUAAAAAAUCUUGAAAAAAAAUCUAUGACGCUUGGGUGUUUGUGGACGUAGAAGAGAAGGGGGGAAAAGUUUUUAUUGUUGUAUAAUAGUAGUAGAAGAGAAAAGGAGUUUGGAUAGUGACUUCAGC